AUGUUGGAGGAACUGAAAGCCAAGACACCAACAGAAGAAGAAGUCACCAAGCUUCUCCAUAGUUUCCCCGAAUCCAUCCGAGGGCGUCUCGAAUUGGAUACCUGCACCGAGAAAGCGGGAGAAGGCCAUGUUAGCUUCUUGGACGCCAAGACGAAACGAAAGAAAAAGAAGGGCUCCAGGAAGAAAGGAACGAAAUCGACACCGCCCGUUCCUGGGAUCGGUCGUAUCCCGGCACCAACACAGGAGGAUACAAGUGACAGACCGUGCAGCUACUUGGAAGCUGUAGCCAAGCCCAUCCACUAUCAGGCCAUUUUGGAUUUCGAAGCGACCUGCAACAAAGUCAGCGUGGACGGAGCAAAACAAUGUCGUUAG